UCUUGUCUUUUCCAGGCAGAGACGUUGCAACCACAAACAGGGGGCCUGACUAAGGAGAAGAACUCCCUCUUGGCAUCAUGUGAUCUGCACUUUCCCUUGAAGUGCUCGACAGUGGAGGAGUGAAAUCUGCACGCUUGUGAAAGCUUCCCAACCACUAACACCCCCCCAUCACCACUAUCACUGCUCUCGACUGCUGCCAUCCAGGUCUGCUCUUCGUGACUCAACUUGCCUCCUGCUUUUUUUUUUCUUUCUCCCCCUUUAUCUUGAAGAUAAAGAAUGGCUGUGCUCCUUUUCUGCCCCUCCAACGCCUCUUGCAAAUAAGGCCUUUCAGCUUGUUUAACAAUACCUGAGAAAGGAGGGAUAAAAAGACCUCGCAGUUCCCUUUUAUUCUUUACCCCGUAUCUGUUUUCUUGUGUUUUUGUCCUCUGUAACUCAACCCUAAGCACACACAUUGACUAAAUAAACAGGAUUUUUUUUUAAUCGUGGUGACAUCUACAGCAGCUGUUUUCUGAAAAACUUUUACAACCUCAAGGAUAUACAAACUUUGCCUGACAGUCUUUUGGAAUAUCUUCUGCUCCAACAUCUCUAUGGGGGAUUAAAUCAUAUCAGGAAUCUGCACUGACUCCUCUUUGGCUCAGACAAAGCUUGUUAAAGGUUUUUUAUUGUCAGUGCGUGUUUGUGACUGAGCCAUCAUGGCUGGGAAGGGCAACCCGGUGCCAGGUGGACACCUAAAUGGCUUCCCCAUGCCCACCUACUCCUACUUCUUCCCCCACAUGUUGGGGAGCUUGUCGCCUCCAGCCCUGCCAGGACUGCCCAUCAGCGGAUACAGCACCCCAUCUCCAGCUA